UGCAGCUUAUCUUGCAUUAUAUCUCAAGUACAAGGUAAAAGAACAUAGCCAGACGGCAAGGCCGCAUCAGAUAUGAUAUGCGUAUGGGCACGGCGCCGCUUUCGCAGGGAACAAAGCUCGCGCAGCAUCCUAUCACCCAAAGCCACCAACACCUACCUGUGCUCGCGACACUGUUAUCAAUAGCCGGAAAGAAGAUGAAUGAUGAUAGGGGAGAGAAGGAUACAGCAAAGGAGGCAAGACAGAGCACGACCAUCUUUUCUAUCCUUGUCAAACUCGAAUUAUAACGGCUAGGCCGCAACAGGAUCAUCAGGCUCUGUGACUAAACCUUACUCAAGGUCUUUUAAUAGAGGAGGAGUUGACAUGAUAUAUUUUGUGGCAAUCAUUAGUAAAAAAGCAAGAAGGAGAUCCAAAUUGCUCUUUCAAUCUGCAAAAUGUUGGUCACAAAGCUUUGUGGGUUGGCUGAAUGCGGGUUGCCUCAUCAUAUCUUAAAUGCCACAAAGACGUGCAAUUACUCUGGCUUCAUUACAAGGUUCUCAUCACGAAAAGACAUCGCCCAGAAUUUGAACAAUGCCACAAAUCAUCGCAAUCAUCGGGGGGCUGGACGCUGAUCUAAUAAUGAUUGCAAAUCGUAUUCCUGAGCGAGGGGAAAGUGUUUUGGCAAAUGAGUAUCUCGAAGCCUUGGGAGGUAAAGGGGCAAACUCAGCGAUUGCAGCCUAUCGAACUUGUCACCAAAAGCCAUUGGAACAUGAAAGAUAUACUGCGGACUACGCAACAGCAACAGCAACAACCAAAAAAGGACCACACGCAUUGACACAGCUCGCCAUCGACGACGAAGACAACAUCCAGGUCAAAAUGAUUGGCGCAGUUGGUGACGACCGUUACGGGGAGAACUUUAUAGUCGAACUGAACAAGAACGGUGUUGAUACGACUGGUAUCGUGACAGUACCUAAUACGCGAUCGAGCAUCUGUUUUGUUAUGGUCGAGAAUUCAACUCGCGAGAACCGAUACCUCUUCACACAAGGAGCAACAGCAACAUGGAAGAAAGAAGACUUCAUUACGCCCGAACAGCUCGGAGGCAAGACCCCACCAGAUCUCGUCGUCGCGCAAAUGGAAAUCGACAAGGAGAUUGUUGAGACUAUGAUUGAGACUGCUGGCAAGGCUGGCAUUGAGUUUUGUCUAAAUGCAGCACCUGCGACCCCCAUCGACAAAGGCUUCUACCAGUAUCUCACUCAUCUGCUAGUCAACGAGUCAGAAGCAGCCAUUAUGUCUGGCCGUGACAAAGGGGAAGUCAAUGAAGAGACGUGGCCGGUUAUUGCUCAGGAGUUCUUGAACCGCGGUGUAAAAAAUGUGGUUAUUACUCUUGGUGCUAAAGGUGCGUUUUACGCAAAUGCAACGGAUAGUAAUCACUCUCCGGCUUUCAAUGUCAAAGUCGAGGAUACUACAGGCGCCGGAGAUACCUUCACGGGGGCUUAUGCCUCCGACUACCUACGCCAAAAAGCCAAGGGCGCUUGGGAAAUCGAGAGCGCAGUUAUCCGAGCAAACAAGGCAGCUGCAAUCACGAGUCAGACAGUGGGAGCACAGGACGGCAUCCCUUGGGCUGAUGAAAUCGAUAAUUUCGAUGCCCCCCACAAAGCUCCCAGUUUUAUACACUCAGAUUCAACUGCUGGCAUUACCAGCGAGGCUUGAGUAGAUAAAGUUAGACGAAAAGAUCGAAAGGCGGACAAGAAGGCAGAGCUGGUCAUCGAGAGAGAGAGUCUCGGGAAAUGAAUUUCCAUAUUUGGAUUUGUAAAAUACCGGUUCAUGAUUCAUCACGCUGUUUCACUGGAUCGUUUCUCGUUUUCUCGUAGGCAUCGCAUUCUAGCCAAUUCCCAUUUAGUAUUGCUGGUAUAAAGUAUGAAAGAGUGCAGUUGAGCAGGGAGUGGGUUACUCGA